UGUAUAGGAAAAUUCUGUAUAUUUUUGACGAAUUUUAAUAAAUAAAUAUGACAGAAUUACUUAUCGAUCCCAAUAUUCGUGUUUGGGUAUUUCUUCCCAUUGUCCUGAUUGCGUUUUUCAUUGGUAUUUUACGGCAUUAUGUUACGAUUUUGAUAGCCUCACAGAAAAAGGCUGAAAUCACACAGAUACAAGACAGUCAAGCCAUGAUUAGGGCACGUCUGUUGCGUGAAAAUGGUAAAUAUUUGACAGCCCAAUCGUUUGCUAUGCGUAAAAAUUUCUUCAACAACGAGGAGACUGGCUAUUUUAAGACCCAAAAGCGAGCACCUGUACAACAAAAUUCCACAGCGAUGAUAACCGAUAUGUUGAAGGGUAAUUUCGUUAAUAUGUUACCCAUGGUGAUCAUUGGUGGCUGGAUCAAUUGGAUGUUUAGCGGUUUUGUUACAACAAAAGUGCCUUUCCCAUUGACGUUGCGUUUCAAACCUAUGUUGCAGCGUGGUAUUGAAUUGGCCUCCUUGGAUGCCGCUUGGGUUUCUUCGGCCUCCUGGUAUUUCUUAAACGUUUUUGGUUUGAGAUCAAUUUACACCUUGGUGUUGGGUGAAAACAAUCAGGCUGAUCAGACCCAGGCUCAGGCUGAUGCUAUGACCGGUGCUGCCAUGACAAUGCCCCAAGAUCCUAAGGUAGCAUUCAAGGCUGAAUGGGAAGCAUUGGAAAUCACCGAAUAUCAAAAUGCAUUGAAAAAUGUCGACAGUGAACUGUUGCAGUUAACCGCACCCAGUGAUGCGGUGGCUCAAGAAAAUAGCAUUAGACACUAA